AUGCUCGGGUCUAAGAGCUCCGCAGCCCUGGCUUUUCGCCUCAAGACCGACAUCCGGCUACUGCGUAAUUGCAUUCUUGCACGCAGGUUUCCCGCUGCAUUGCUCGAGCCGAGGCCAGAGUUUGAUGCUUUCUGGAGCAGAGGCGCCUGCGCCUGCGCCCUCGCCCUCGUCCUCAUCCUCGUCCUUGCCCGCGCCCGCGCCAGCGCCAGUGCUGGCUUAUCUGCAUCUGCGUCUGAUUUCGUUUCUGCGCAUCCUCGACAACCAGAGCAGAGCUGCUGUCAAAUAUCCGUUUUGGGAAACUGCGGCGCCGUUCCCGCGGGUGGGACUGAGGCAAGGCACAAGUACCUUAAGGCGAGAGGGAAGGCAACGCAACGCAACGCAACGUAA